AUGUCGAACAUUGCUGUUCGAUUAUCAAAUGCUGAAACGAACUGCGAAUUGUUAGAGAUUGUGAAAGACAUAGAAGCUCACACUCGUGAUUCUCCUGAGAGAUCUGUUAGUUAUGCACAUUGCUUGGGCGGACUAUUUUCUAAUUCCUCCUCUUUAGUUCGAAAAGGUUCUUUGAAUUCAGCUGUCAUUGUAAUCGCAACGACUCCAGGGAGUUGGGAAGAUCUCAUUGCUGCCUAUAGGUAUGCGAUCUUGUCUCCUGAUCGUGAAGUUUCACAACAUGCUAUUACGUUUUUACCCCAGUUCGUUGCGGCUUCGUUAGAAAACGCUGAUAGCUUGAUAAAAGCUGCAUUAGAGGCAGUUACACGUCAUCCUGCGUCAAGUAGCAUUCACAUUCAUGUUUCUCAAGCUAUGGAAGUUGUUAAAAAUAUUGGAUUUUUUAAGUUGUCAUCAAGAUAG